AUGAUCACCAUUAUCAGUAUUAGCCUCUUUUAUUUCCGACUUAAUUACUUUCUCCUUCCUUUUGGGGUCCGUUUCAACAUCUUCCAUCAUUUCUCCUCUUCUUCGUUCUGUGUCCGUCACUUUUUCCUACUCUCAUUUCUUCAUCUUCAUCUGCAGCUCCCCGCCGCUUCCUACAUAGCAUCUUCCCGCCUUUUUCUCCCUCCUUCUUUUUCAUCUUCCUUAAACCGCCUCGUCUGUCUCCAUCAUUUCCCUCUUGAGAUUCAUUUUUCAGGCAACUACUUACACGCUGGGCGCACAGCAGUCACUCUUGUCGCAAAGCAUGAGUCUCUUCCUAUCUAUCUAUCUAUCUAUCUAUCUAUCUAUCUAUCUAUCUAUCUAUCUAUCUAUCUAGUCUUCAUUAUCCAUGUCAAUCCCUUCAUUUAUAUAAGUAUCAGUUUGUUCAUAUCUAUCUAUCUAUCUAUCUAUCUAUCUAUCUAUCUAUCUAUCUAUCUAUCUAUCUCAGUUCAUUCAUAUCUGAAUUCAUUCUAUCUAUCUAUCUAUCUAUCUAUCUAUCUAUCUAUCUAUCUAUCUAUCUAUCUAUCUAUCUAUCUAUCUAUCUAUCUCUCAGUUCAUUCAUAUCUAUCUGAAUUCAUUCUAUCUAUCUAUCUAUCUAUCUAUCUAUCUAUCUAUCUAUCUAUCUAG